AUGCAUAUUUUACAAGAGACACCGGUGGGAUACGCUCUAUUCAAGGAUAUGCCAUUAGAGUUAGUAGAAUUAUUUAGGUAUACAGACAUCAAGAAUGCGACUGAAUCGGUCAUAGGCAUACCAGAAGGAGUUCUUCCUUCUUCCCUCCUUCCUCUUUUCUCGCAGAACAUCUCAACGCUUACUCUUUCUAACGCAAAGCUAGCAGAAGUACUGCAGAAAGAAGCAGAGAAUAAAAAUAUGAAAAUAAAAAUCUGCACUAGUGAGGAUAAGGAUAGAGAGAUACAGAGUAGAUUACCCGAGCUAUUAAGCAUAGAGGAGAAAGAGUUAGAUAGAUAUUCUCUGAUUCUUGCACACUCUUUAUGCCGUGAAAAAUUAAAGAUGACUCCGCAGAAGAAUGAUGCCGUUAUAGUGCAAAGCAUUCGGGUUAUUUCCCGCUUAGAUAAGGACAUAAACAACAAAUGCAUGCGCAUCAGGGAGUGGUAUGGAAUGCACUGCCCAGAGCUAGGAGAGCUAAUAGAGGACAACCAGAAGUAUAUAGAGACAGUAGCAGUGCACUUAGCAAGAAUAUUACCAACUAAAGAGAGUGAUACUACAGAUGCAGAGAUGGAGCUGCCAAAAGAAUUAUCCGCAAUCCAGGGAAUAACUCUUUCUGCAGAAGUAGAAUCUGCUCUGAGCACAACUCUUUCAUCAGAGUCCACACCCGAAGAUGCUCACCUCAUUCUAUCUUCUGCCCUUCAACUGCUGUCAAUGUUCUCUUCAAGAGAAUCUCUGCAUGCACACUUACUCAAUCGAUUAUCCACCGUAGCUCCAAAUCUUCUGGAACUUUUGGGGCCACAGAUAGCUGCUUUAUUAAUCUCAGCCGCAGGAUCACUUUCUGACUUAGCAAGGCUUCCUGCUUCCUCAGUGCAAUUGCUUGGUGCAGAAAAGGCUCUGUUUAAGUCUCUGAAAGAAGGCAAGUCUACUCCAAAAUACGGACUAAUUUAUAAUUCAUCAUAUGUUGGCCAAGUACCACAGGAGAUAAAAGGGCAAAUAGCCAGAACUUUGGCUAAUAAGAUAGCUCUCUGUAGCCGAUGCGACAUAGCAGGAGAGGAAGAAGAGGGCGAGUAUGGAAUGCGGCUUAAGGAGUACAUGAACAAUAGAAUAAGUGAACUAAGCAGCAGAAACAAGAAUAAGACUAGAUCAGCACCGGCAGGGAAUAAGAGAAGAAAGCACUAGGCAGUGCUACGCAGAUAUAAAGCAGACUAAAAAGGUGUAUUCUCGCAGAUAUAUCCGGAAAUAAAGACUGUGCCAAUAUCUGUACAUAAUAAUCUUAGACAUAACAGAUUGAUUUGUUUAUUAUGCUAUAUUUAGUCUAAUCUACUCUAUCACUAUACAGACAGACUAAUUAUUAUUGCAUAUACAAUAGAAUAACGUAUUAAUGCACUGUGCUAUACGCCAUGCUUAGUCUAGUACAAAU